CAUCCCUCCCAGAGAAAGAGAGGGGGAGAGAGAGAUUAAGCUGAAGCCGGCCAGGUUUGGCCAUACUAACUAGCUAGUACACUCCUCUCUCCAGUUUCUCUCUCUAGCCUAGCUUGCCUUGAUGGUGUAUUAAUAUACCAAAGGAAACUUCCAUCCUUUCCAUUGAUUGCAUUCCAUUGCAGCCGUAGUGGAUCGGAUCCAUCCAGCACCUCUCCUCAUGCAAAAGCAAAACGCCCUCCCCACUCCUCCUCUUCUUCCUCUUCUCUCCCAAUCCCAAUAAAAAGGCAGGCAGGCAGCCUCUAGGAGUAGCUAGCUAGCUACACCCCACACACAAAACAGAGACUACUCUUCCGUUCCUUCCUUCCUUCCAUCAGCCUGCGGCCUGCCAUGCAUACAUCGGAGGCGGUGGAGGUGCCCGACACGAGGGAGAUCGCCAAGCCGCCGCCGCUCGUCGUCAUGCCCACGUCCUCCACGGAGCACUCCGCCGGCGAGCUGGACAGGCACCAGCAGCCGCCCCUCGCCGCCGCCGUCAAGCGCAAGCGCACCAAGAGGCCGCGCCACCACCCGCCGGCGUCGUCCGCCUCGUCCUCCGAGAGCACCACCACCGAGGAGGAGGACAUGGCGCACUGCCUCAUCCUCCUCGCCCAGGGCGCCGCUGGCGGCUCAUCAGGGGCCCACGCCGCCGUCGACUCCAAGCCAUCGCCAUCGCCGGCGCCGGCGCCACAGCAGGCGCAGCCGUCGCCCCCUGCCGCUGCCCCGCCGCCGGCGGUGAAGAGCGAGAGGUACACCAGCCGCAAGUACACGGAGGCCGCGACCACGGUGGACGGCGUCAAGGCCGGCUUCUACGUGUACGAGUGCAAGACGUGCAACAAGUGCUUCCCCACCUUCCAGGCGCUCGGCGGCCACCGCGCGAGCCACAAGAAGCCGCGCCUCGCCGGCGCCGACGACGAGAUCGCAAUCAACGUCGUCACCGCCAGCACCGCCAUAAAGCAGCAGAAGCCACCGAUGGCGACCGCGUCGCCGCCGCCGCCGCUGCCGCCUGCCCUUCAGCCUCAGAUGGACGUCGCCGUGUUCCCGGACGUCACCACCGCGCUGAGCCUCAACAGCGUCGCCAUAAGCAGCAGCAAGCAGCUGCGGGUGCACGAGUGCUCGAUAUGCGGCGCCGAGUUCGCGUCGGGGCAGGCGCUGGGCGGGCACAUGCGGCGCCACCGGCCGCUGAACGCGCCGGAGCGCGCGGUGACCGCGAUCGCCGGCGUGGACACCAAGAAAGAGGGGAGCGCGGGCAUAAACCUGGAGCUGGACCUGAACCUGCCGGCGCCGUCCGACGAGGAAGCCGUGUCGGUGUCGGUGUCGCUUCCGGCGGCGGCGGCACCGGCCGUGGUGCUCGGCCUCGGGCAGUUCAGCGACGGCAAGAAGGCUGGGCUCAUGCUGACAGCCUCAGCACUGGUGGAUUGCCAUUAUUGAUUGACAUGAGCGGCGGCCCUGGGUGGCCUUGGCCUGGCCUCAUGAAUUCUUUUCUUAAUUAUUAACACUGAUUAUAAUUGAUCUCUUUUCUUUCUUCUUCUGGGGCCGGGCGGGGAUGAAUUCUACCAUGCAUCCUCCGAUCCUCAAUUAUACUUGCAAUUUAUUCUUAUUGGUAUAUAUCAAGGAUGAAGCUGUAACAUAUAUUUAUAGAAUUGAUUAUUCUUUCGAUUCUUUUCUGUAGAACAUAUAUACUAGUAGCGUAUAAAUGUACUGUAUGUAGCGAUUAGCAUUUGCUACAUGUAUACUAGUAUUGGCCAUGGAUGAAAUUGGCACUGGAAUUCCGUUAA